AGCUUGACUGACUCGCUAGCUAGCAGCCAGACGGGUUGAAUGGUUGAGUGCGUUCGAAUGAUAGAGGGUUUUCUGUUUGAGCAAUUUAUGUUUGGAAAGUAAAUAGAUUGAAUUUGUUGCUUUCGAAAGACUUGCACACAGAUCGGAAUGGGGGAAAAAAUCUCAAAGACUCGGGCAUGGGUCAUUGUGACCAUUCUUAUGGUGGCCUGCAUCGUCGCUUUGGCUUUGGGUCUUGCCCUCGGGCUUAGAGACGACGAAAAGGAGUACGUUUACGUACCCAUGGAGUGCGAAACAGACGCCAUGCCGUCUUCCUCCAGGUUAAAAAAGGACUCACCCUUGUAUGUUAGACCCAGCGAUACCAAAGAAGGCAACUACAGAUUUGGAACGGUCGCAGCGGAUUCCAGAAUGUGCUCGUCAAUGGGAUCUGAGAUGAUGAUACGUCACGGUGGGAGUGCGGUAGACGCUGCCAUCACCGGUAUCCUGUGCUCAGGAGUCUUCAACUUCCAGAGUUGUGGAAUAGGAGGGGGCUUCUUUAUGACAUUCUACCGCAGAGAGGAUCAGAAGCGGUUUGCAGUGAUGUCUAGGGAAAUGGCACCAGGCGCGGCGAGCGAAGAUAUGUACGUCGACGGCAAGGCAAGCUCUACUGAGGGCGCAAUGGCGAUAGGAAUACCCGGGGAAAUUAAGGGCCUUUACGAAGCGUGGACGCGCGGAGGUCGCCUUCCAUGGGAAACAUUAUUCCGACCAAUCAUUCAACUCUGUGAGGAUGGAUAUCCAGUAGGACCCCUGCUUGCAAAAGAUAUUAAAAAUAAUGAAAGAUUUUAUCCGACCUAUUCAUCUCUGAGGGCUCUAGUUACAAACGCCAACGGCGAACUUCUUAAAGAAGGUGACACCAUCCGUCUUCCAAAGCUUGCGGAAACUAUGAGGAAGAUUUCCCAGGACCCUUUCACAUUCUACAACGGGACUCUUGCCAAAGACAUUGUCAAGGACAUUCAGGAUGAGGGUGGUAUCAUAACGGAACAGGACCUACAGCAGUACUUCUCGGCAGUGAAGUCACCCAUUGAGUUGCAAAUGAGCGGUGGUUAUACCGCGAUUGCACCUCCCCCACCCUCCAGCGGGGGCGUUCUUAUACUGAUCCUCAACAUUUUAAACGGUUACAAAUUGACAAGCGAAAACUUUAUGGACAACGAAGGGGCCACAGAGACGCUCCAUAGAGUGAUAGAAUCAUUUAAACAUGGAUUUUCACUCCGAUCCAACUUGGGGGACUCCGACAUGGAAGACUCUACAUUUAAAGCUAAUGUCCAAGAGCUGAUUGCAAAUAUGACGUCACCAGAUUUCGCUGCAGCGAAAAGGGCAAAAAUUACCAGAAACACCCAUGAGACAAGUUACUACGAGCCGGCAUUUGAUUUCGCCAUCCCCGACGCAGGAACCAGCCACCUGUCGGUUCUUGGUCCGAACGGUGACGCUGUAUCAAUCACGAGUACAGUAAAUCUGUAUUUUGGCUCCAAGGUGGUGGGAAACAGAACGGGCAUCGUUUUUAACAACCAAAUGGACGACUUCUCAACGCCAAACACAACAAACUAUUUUAAUGUCCCAGCGUCUCCUGCAAACUUCAUCAAGCCUUACAAGCGGCCAAUGUCGUCCAUUUCACCGACCAUAGUUCUGAAUGAAAAUGGUGAUGUUGUCUUGGUAACGGGAGCUUCUGGAGGAACACGCAUUCUUACUUCAACGGCUUUGUCGGUGAUUGAGACUAUGUGGCUGGGCCUAGGUAUGAAGGAGGCAAUAGAAUACCCUAGAUUUCACCACCAGCUCUUGCCCCUGGAACUUCGGAUAGAAGAGGACAUGCCGCAGGCGAUAAUGAAUGGUCUGAGGGAGCGAGGACAUAAAUUUGAGCUAAAUACAAAUCUUGGAUCAGCUGUACAGGCCAUUCUUAGAAGACCUUCCUCAAACGGCGUCUAUGAUAGUAAAGAUAUCUAUGCUUACUCGGAUCCAGUUAAAUAUGGUCUUCCCGAUGGGGCGUAACCGUUGUAUCUUCUAGGAAUGUAUCUAAGAAAUUUUAACAGCAUUUAAUUGGUUUAAUACAUCAACAAAAAACGAAUUUGGUGACCCUAGUAACACCUACAUGCCAGGAAAAAGUUGUAAUAAUGAACAUUAAAGCUUUGGUACCCUACUUAAAGUGACAUUCUUAUUCAAAAUCACUACAUACUUAUGUAUUACAAACAUAAAUUUUGAGUGAUACACCCUUAACUACUUACUAAAUAAUGCAUUUAUGGAAAAUAUGAAUUACUGAAAACAAAAUUCUAACCGUGUAUUAGCUGAAAACGUAUUUUUUUUAAAAUGAUUGGUGAGUGCUAAAAGUUUAACUGCGAUCUACUAUCGUCUCAUAAGGUAGAAAAAAACCGUGUUUUCUUCACCUUCCUGUCAAAUUAAACUCGGUAUCCUUUAUAAGAAUCAUUGUUUUCGAUAUUUAUUCAUCCUUUUUAGUAAAUUAAAACAAUUGUAUUAAUUGUUGUAAAUCCUAUCUGGGAGUAAUAGUGCAUCUUUAAGGCUUAAUUAAAACGUUGAGUGAAUGAAACAUUUUUUGAACACAAUCGGCACAGGUCAUUUAAUUCUCUGGAACUGCCGAUUCUUUAAAAGGACUAAAAUUACCUGUUAAUGUGUUGCAUUGCCUUUUAACCAGACAUUUAUACAUUUAUACUCAUGUAAUCAUUUAUCACCAUGUUAUUGUUAUAAUGUGUAAUAUUUUCAUAUUUACUGUUGAAUUAAUAUUGGAAAUCCAUUAUACAUAAUGAAUAAAAAAUAUAUAUACAGCUGCAUAAAUAGCCCAAUUG